AUGAUCUGCACAGGGGCCUACGAACCCUCCUGGACUCUCGAGCUUUCCGGUAUUGGAGAUCCGCAAGUCCUGCAAGCUGCGGGCUUGGACUGUACUGUCGCGAACAAGCUCGUUGGCGCUAAUCUGCAAGACCACUACGCCAUGGCCAUUUCGUUCGAGUUGGUUUCCGGAAGGUUCUCCGUUAAUGCCGUCCUCGCCCCCGAAGUCAUCAAGCCAUUCAUGGAGCUAUAUCAGAAGGCCGGGACCGGUCCAUUGGCAGGUCCUCCCUCGGGAAUUGGAUAUCUCAACUACGCGGUGUUGGUGUCGCCAGAACAACUCCAAACUACCCUUUACGCAGCGGCGUCGACACAGGGAAUCGAGACGCCCCUCAACGAAGCCCAGCAACGACAGAAUCUCCAAUUUCAGUGCUAUUGGCCGUGUUAA